AUGGCACAAAAAUAUGUUAGAAAGGGCUAUGAAGCGUAUGUAGCUUACAUAUUUGAUUCCAAGGUUUUAGAAUCGAAAUUAGAGUUAGUUUUGACUGUUUGUGAUUUCACAGAUGUAUUUCCAGAAGAGUUACCAAGGUUAUCGCGGGUCAGAGAGGUUAUCGGGAAUAUCUCCGAUAUCGAUAGCUCCGUAAAGAAUGGCACUUACAGAGUUGAAGAGUUAAAAGCUCAGUUGCAAGAGUUGAUACAUAGGGGCUUUGUUUACCCUAUUUUUUCCCCUCAAGUGUCAGCAAAGCUUUAUCAGCUGAAAGUGUUGUCAACUGAAGCCCUUGUGUUGGUUCAACAAGAGUCUGGAAAAGCUAAUGUCGUUAUUGAUACUCUAAGUAGAAAAUCUUUGUUUGCUUUGCGAGUUUUAAACAUGCUGUUGACGUUAAUUAAUGAUGGUUCUAUAUUAGCUAAAUUAAAAGCUAGAUCGAUGUUUUUGCAACAUAUUUGUGAUGCUCAGAAAAGUGAUGCUAAAUUGAUUGCAAAAUGGGAGCAAAUUGAGUCAAAACCUGGUUCGGACUUUCAUGUUAAUUCAUAUAGUAGUUUGUACUUUGAAAACAUGAUUUGUGUUCUGAGGAAUUCUGAUGUAGUAGUGGCCAGUUUAUUACAACCUGUGAUGAUUCCAGAGUGGAAUUGGGAACGUGUGCUGAUAGAUUUUGUAUUGGGAUUACCUCUAUCUCUGAGAAAGAAAGAUGUUGUGUGGCUUAUUGUAGAUCAUUUGACGAAAUUCACACAUUUCAUUCCAGUACGUACGGAUUGUUCACUUGAGAAAUUAGCAGAAUUGUACGUUUAUGAGAUUGUUAGACUACACGGUGUGCCAGUGUCUAUUAUCUUUGACAGGGAUCCACGGUUUACUUCUUGA